AUGGAGUGGUUUGCUGAGUUUCAAAAUGAGUUCAAACAGUUUUCAAAAUCGGUCUAUGUUAUUCCAUCGACGAUAGAUACUGCCUUUGAGAAAGCACAGCGCAAUUUUAGUCGUUACGAGAAAAUUUAUGAGUGUCUUUCAAUUAUAUUUUUAAUGAGUGUUGGUGUCUAUUAUGGUGGUGUUGCUCUUGUAUUAUUGUCAUUACUUCCAACCAUUCUAAUAGGACUUGUCGAGUUUAAUGCUCCUUUAAGAAAUGCGUAUGGGACUAAUCCAAAAUGGUGUUUAGCAUAUGGAGCAGUACUCCCAACAGUUGUUGUUUCCCUUCUUUAUGGAGCUGAAAAUGUGUUUCAAAUGGCUUCUGUGGCUAAUGCGUCGACUGUCGUAAUUUGUGUCCACGCAGCACUUUCUAGCAAUUAUAACUGA